CAACUCAGACUCCCUUAUCAUUUUUGUGUCACACCCUGUCAUAUCGACUUACACUGGUAUUGCACGAUAACGUUGUAAAUGAUAGGAAUUAAAAUAAAAAAUAUUGAUUCGCAGAUUUAAGAUACGUACAAACGUUGCAGUUUAUGGGAAUUUUUGUCUAGGGUUCAGGAGUCUCGAGACACAGGUCUGUUAAUGCGUCGGGGCAUUUUUUUGACGGUAUUUAUCGGUAUUUCAAAAUAGUAGACAGAAAAAUGACAGAUUUUUCCGACUUCAAUCAUCGAAUCGAAUAUAUUUCUUACACUCAUCACCCUAAUUCAUAGAGGGCCUAACAAAACAUACACUUUUUUUGUACGAUCGGUAUUUUAAACCAUCAAACACAAAAUCUCAUAAAAUAUUCACUCUAUUCUAUCUCUCGUCUGUGGUUAUACGUUCUGACACUGCUUUAUCAACAUUACAUAACGAUGGUAAAUCACAUUGUUACAUGAAUUAAUGAAGUAAUUCGCUGAUUCGUCUCACUAGCGACACUGUAGUUUACUUCAAAUUUAGCGCCAUUUGACAAAGUUACAUUCUUGCAUUCCUAUAAUCAAUUUCAGGUUAUAUUUUAUAGAGUUAUAAUAAAACAUGGAUAGUUGGCCGAUUUUGCAUUUUUAACUAUGUUCACAAACUAUUCUCAAAUAAUGGGUUGAAUCGUUCCUAUAAAAAUGUGACAGUGGUGAAAUAUACAUUUAUAUUAAAAUAUAGGUUAAGAUUUUCCUGUAAUAUUAAAUCCUUUUUGAAUAACGUGAGAAUACAAAGAAUCACUUGGAAAAAUGAGCAAACUAUGGAACUAUCUAAUAUUUCAAGGAUGGAUAUCGUACUUAAUGGCAGCUGGUUUGCUUGUCUUCACAAGCGGCUUCCUACUUAAUCGUGUCUCCAGGCCGGAACGCGCUGAAUGUAAAUAUUGCACAGAUCCUGGAGGUUGUAAUGUUAAAAACCUUCUUCAAGAUCCUGUUGCUGCAGCGAGUACCUGCCUAGAAAGAAAAGCACGGGUAGUGUUGCUAGUCGUUGAUGCUUUAAGAUAUGAUUUUGUUCAUUGGUACAAUGACAAUAGUUCUACCCCAACAUAUUAUCGCAAUAAACUACCGAUAAUACACAAAUUAUUGCAAACUGAACCUAAGAAAUCUCGGUUAUAUAAAUUCAUAGCAGAUCCUCCAACAACAACCAUGCAACGAUUAAAAGGUUUUACUACUGGAUCUUUGCCUACAUUUAUCGAUAUUGGAUCUAACUUUGCUUCUGAAAAAAUAGAUGAAGAUAAUAUUGUUGAUCAGAAUAUUGACAGAGGUAUUAUAUUCAUGGGUGACGAUACUUGGACAAAUUUAUUUCCUGGAAAAUUCAAACGUCAAUUUCCAUCGCCAUCUUUAAAUGUAUGGGAUCUGGACAGUGUGGAUAAAGAUGUUAGGUACCGCAUAUUCUUUGAAUUAAAGAAGAAAGAUUGGUCCCUUCUUAUAGCACAUGUACUUGGAAUUGAUCAUUGUGGACAUAAACAUGGUCCGAAUCAUCCUGAGAUGACUAGAAAAUUAAAUGAUACUAAUACUCUUAUUCAAGAAAUCAUUGAAUCUUUGGAAGAAGAUACAAUUCUCUUUGUUGUUGGUGAUCAUGGAAUGACACAAACUGGAGAUCAUGGCGGUGAGAGUUUAAAUGAAAUUGAAGCUGCCAUGUUUGUUUACUCAUUGGUUCCUUUACAAGAUUAUAAUUCAGUUCAUAACACUGUGAAUCAGAUUGAUCUUGUUCCUACAUUGUCAUCAAUCCUGGGAACACCUAUACCAUUCUCUAAUUUGGGAUCUAUAGUACUAGACUCUUUACCAAGUUCAUCAAGAAAAAGAAACUUACAAGACGAUAUGUGGUAUUCAUUACAUUCAGUAUGGAGAAAUAUUGUACAGACUAAAAAAUAUGUGGAUGCAUAUUCUACGGACACUUAUUUGUUUUCUAAAGAACAAUUUCAAAAUUUAGAAAUCAUCUAUAAUCAUCUGUUCGAACAGAUGAAACAUAUAAAUACCAGAGAAGAAUAUGAAUUAUUUAUUCAAAAUAGCAAAAAUUAUUUUAAGUUGCUUAAAGAUAUGUGUUCCGAAGUUUGGGUUCAAUUUGAUUCUAGCCUAAUGUCAAAAGGCUUACUUCUAAUGUUUUGUACCUUAUUCUUCUUUUACCUGUUUAUUACAGGUAUUCCAGAAAGUCGUAUGUCUAAGAUAUUUCAAUCGUCGUAUUUACAAUGUUCUGUUCUAGUAAACUUAAUUACUGCAUUAAUAAUCUUCUUCUUAUAUUUCCUUGACAUUCUAAGUGAAUUUAAAAAUACUACAUUUUUUACUACUGGUUUAGUAUCUAUAGUAUUAUUAGUUAUAUUGAUUGCUAAAAAUUGGGAUGUAAUUUCAAUGAAAUGGUAUGAUUACUGUAAGAUUAAAAGAUUUAUUUAUAUUAUUAGAGUAAUACUCCUUUUAACUGUGUGUAGUCUUUUUUCUAAUAGUUAUAUUGUUGAGGAAGAUAAUGUACUAUCCUUUUUACUUGUUACACUUCUCUGGCUACUUACAUUUAACUUAAAACAAGAAAGUUUUAAUGAAUAUUCCGAACGGAAAGCAAAACCUUUUGUGAAAACAUGCGCAAAGUCAAAUUUAAAGAUUGUUAUAAUAGUUAUUGGUUUAAUAGCAUGCAUUUCUGUAAGACUAUCCCAUUAUUUCUGGCGUUGUCGAGAAGAGCAGCAACAAAGCAUGUGUUCAUUUUUUAUAACUGGUAAAAUGAACUCUGUAACAUCAAACAAUUUAGAGCGUGUGUUACUUGCUGUUACGUUAAUUGUACUGGCACUGUAUGUCACAAUAGUAAGACUGUGGUUACAGAAUUGUGGGAAUCUUACUGGUUUUUCGCCCAGUGUUUUAGUAGGACAAUAUUGUCCUGUUGUAAUUGGUGUUUGCAUGGGUUGUUAUUGGGUCCUUCAACGAUUACCAAAAUUUGUCAAAGUAAAGUUUGCACUAUCAUGGCAAGUAAGUACAUUGCCUAACAUAGUGUAUGCAUUGAGUUUAAUUGCAAUCUCUGUUCUUUACUAUCGUCCUCUCAGCAUAUUUUUAUUACCAAAAAAGAAAGAAUCGAUAAAUAUAUACAGUGAUGAGAAUAUAGUACCACGAUUAUUUGAGAAGAUAAAGGAGUCAAUAUACCGUAAGAGGAUAGAUGCAGAUGAAACACCAGUUGUUUAUGGUUUAGGAACUGCCUAUAGUGCUGCAUUUAUUUCACUGAGCGUAUUUCUUAUGCUAUUAUAUUCUUUAUUGUUAGGAGAUGUAUUAUCACCUAGUACAUUUUUAAUGUUCUUGUCCUGUGCCUCUGUUUUGGGCUUGUCUGCGAUAGAAAGAUACAAGAAUGCUAAUAGUAUAUCUGAACUUGUAGAAGUACCCACUUCUGCCCUAGUAUGUUGGUUCUUGAUAGCUGAAUAUUUCUUUUAUGGAACUGGACAUCAGUCAACUUUUUCUACUAUUCAUUGGGAUGCUGCUUUUGUAGGAACAGGUGGACAUUUCUAUGGAAAUUUUAUACCAGCAAUUUUAAUAGGAAUAAACACAUUUGGAUCGCAUAUCAUAUUAGGUGCAACAUUACCAUUGCUAGUAAUCGUACCAUUUACAUUAUAUCUCGUAUUUCCAAAAUUGGUGAAAGCAAAGUUUUCGGAAGAUGACUUAAAGAGAGGAGAACUGCUUUUGUUCGAACAGGACUCAGUAUUUCAUACUGCAGUUUUUUCUGUUGCAGGGAAAUAUGUACUCCUGCAUGGAAUCCGAACGUUUGGCAUCAUGCUUGCUGCGACGAUUCACUGUCGGCAUUUAAUGGUUUGGAAGAUCUUCGCGCCAAAGUUAAUAUUCGAGGGUUUAGGAUUGUUAGUAACGUUAAGCAGCGUAAUGGCGUCCUUUUAUAUGGUAUUCAGAAUCGAUCAACGAAUGGAACAUCUUAUAUCCAAAAUGACGAAAGGCAGAUGAUACAGUGAUUCAUUCAUAAUACAAACAAUAUCGCUAGUAAAGUAUCAAAGUUUUGAGAAAAAAAUAACUUUAAUCUUAAAAUACACACAGUGACUCCUAUCUAUAAAAAUUAAAGUUUUCAUUAAAUAAAGAUAUAUAGGCGUUCAACGUCAGUACUUACCAACACUGCCAAAGUUUCCAAAAUUUUAUAUGACUUUACAUAAAUAAAAGUUAAAGGUAUCUAGCACGAAAAUUGAACUGAAGUUUCUAGCACAGAAAAGUGACAAACAUUUUCCCUUUAUUUCUUCAAAAACCAAAUCGUGUAAUUAAUUCUGGUGCUUCCUAACACACUAACACUACCCUGCGUGCAAUGCAUUGCUAAUUGCAGAGAAACAAAGCAACGCACUUGAUGCAGGAUUGCGUCCAUGUGCGCUAACAUCUGCUUGUUUGAUGUAUGUAUUAUUUUAUUAUUUUAUAUUCGUUAACGUUAAAUGCAUUUGGAUGAAUCAUUUUUUAUACAUUUCUUUUUCAUUCAUUAUAUGCGAUACUGUAUAUAGCAUGUAUUAUAAGACCAACAAAAAAUUUAAUAAAAAGACAUUGUAUAUCUUCCAGAUACGUUUCUUUUUAUGCGUUAUAUGCGUUAUAAAAUAGUAAGACUUGCAAGCAGUAGUGUAUUACACUAAUACAUGCUUAUCCAUACUUUAUAUGUUUUGCAAAUCACACUUUAUUGAAAAAAAUUGUCAAGCGUACACGUUAUAUAUUUUAUGUGAAUACGAUCAAUUUAAAGAUAAAAGUUGAUAAUUACAAGUAAUGGAUGUAUUCCUGCUGGAACAAUAACGCCUAGUGGUGUUUAUGAUGCCUAUGUCCUUGAUAAUCACUUCUCAGAUAAUCCAUCCAGUUGGUCCAUUUGUUGGGUUCCUCAUAAUUGUUGAUAUCCUGUGACAAAUGAACAAGUUCAUGGUAUUCGAAGUAUACAAUUUACACGUACCUAGCUUUCAUAAUUAUUAUUUUCAUAGCCUGGCACUUGCAUACUAGGCAAUACAGGCAUUUGUAUCUGAAAACAAAUGAUGUUAUCAUGCUGCAUAAGACCUCUUAUUGCCUUCAUUUAUUUUAUAAUUAUACUACGAGGAACUGUAACUUUUACUAAAUUAUAAAUCUUAUAUUAAUCUUUAAAUGUUAGAAACUAUAUAUUAAAUAUUAUGAUGACAUUUCAAUAUGUAUAUUACAUAUUAUAACUUACAAAUAAUUUAAUUCCUCCGCCUUGGUGUCCAGGCAUGGAUCCACCUCCCGCCUGUACAGACUCUAUCGAACCAGCUGGCAAACUCUGAUAUCCUUGAUGCAUUUGCAUUUUAACUCCCCGCGUUUCUUGUUUAUGAAUCAUAUUUGUUUCUCCAUUUAUUAGUGGCUUGGAAUCACUGUCAACUUCUCUUUUUUCUUCAGGAUAAGAUACCCAGAAUGAUCCUGGAGUCUUUUGCAAUGUUCGGGUCAUGAUUGGUCCAAAUUUAUCAGACAUUGUUGCAUAAGAAUUGGGCAUAUCAUAGUCAAGUGUGCCUAAUUUACUUUUGAGAGCAUCUAAAAGACUUAUAUUGAUAGGUGCACCAGACACAGCAUUAUCAGGCAAUAUUGGAUUAGCACUAUUUACUGAUCCAGAAAUACCACUUGAAUUCACUUUUGUUUUUAUUGCAUUUUGUACAGCUAGAGUAAUGUUUUUCUGUAAAUCCGACAACAUGUCAAAUACUUGACUCAAUGUUGCCAUUUUUUGUUGAAAAGGUAACGUUCCAUCAGUAAUUGGCUUUGGCCAAAUACCUGGUGCGAAUGGUUUAAAAGGCUUUUUUGUUGCAGUCCCUGACACAGAUUUUUCAUAUGUCACUAAAUCAUUCAUAGUUGCUACCAUAUUACUUUUCAAAUCACCCAACUCAGUCAGUAUACUAUCAACAAUAGCGUCUUUAGCUGCAUUAAUAGAUGAUAAAUCAUCAAUAGACCUUGCAACUUUUGUUUGCGUAUCUUCUUCAUCAAAUUUGACAGAUCUCAGAAAAUCACUUUUCAUGCUUGUACUAUCACUGUCACUUGAAACUGCAGUUUUGUUAAGUUUCAAACUUUCAAAUAAUUUGUCCAAAAAAUCGUUUACUUUGCUACCAUAUUCAUCUGGACUAGGAAUCAUUGAUGAUGGAAACCAGAAGUCAGGU